GGCCUGACCUACCGGUGGCUAAACCGUCAACUAGUGAUCGCCAUAUCAUUCAUCAUAAUAGCGGUAAUGUGUGCCGUAAUGCCGGCGCUGACCAGCCUAUGGCAGCUAUACAUUUGCGCCUUCGUGUUCGGCUUCGGCUCCAGCAUAAACACCAUGGGUUAUAUUGUAUGGGUGAUUGAGCUCUACCCUAAACACUCGGCACCGCUAUUACAGCUCAACGCCCUGUCUUUCGGCAUCGGCUCAAUCAUCUGUACGGCUAUAUUAAAGCCUUACCUGACCGGUGAGAUGGUAGCCGACCCGGCGCUGACAACCACUACUGUAGCCCUCCCCGGGAUAUACCCGGGAAAUCAUAGUCAGUAUUUGGCGCCCACUAUAGUAAGCGUUGCCGAGAGACGGGACAAAUUACUGCAACCCUGUAUUAUAUUGUGCGCCUGUUUAUUAAUAUUUCCGAUCGCAUCGCUAAUCAUGUACUUCAUUAAGCCAUACAAAGCGGUGGUAAAGGAUCGCCCUAUCGAUGAUGAUGGCCAGGACAAGGACUUGGAUAAUACGGUGACCGCCAACACUACAGCUCCUGUAAAACUCUUUGACGACCCGGCGCUGAGCCCACGGACACUGAUGGCCGGCCUAUUCACGGCGUGGUUCACACUCUACGUGGUGUUUGAGUCCAUGUAUUUGAAGUUCGCCAUCGCUUACUACCAGUACUCACCGCAACGGCUGAGCGCCGGCACCGGCGCCGACAUAUUCGCGGUGUCCACCGGUGUCUUCUCAGUGGCCCGACUCGUCAACGUGUUUGUCUCGAUGCGGGUCACCAUAAACACCAUGAUCUGUUACCAUUACGCCAUCUUGCUGGUGGCCAUGGUGAUGAUGGUGGUGGGCCAGUACAGUCUACCCACGCUAUGGGUGGCCAGCGCGCUGUUGAUGUGGGGCUUUUCGCCCAUGUUCGCCGGCACCUAUACCUUCACCGACCAGUACCUGUCCAUGACUGACCGUAUGGGCACUGUUUUCCUGCUGGCCAGGGGUGUGGUCACCAUUUUUACCCCGUUGAUAAUCGGCGAGUUUAUGGAGCACGAGUCGUGGGUGUUUUUGGUGAUCGAGUGGGUUUAUCUGGGACUGUCGAUCGUGGUGUUUAUGGCUAUACAUUAUAUGAUCAGGGUCUAUGAGAGACGAGGGCCUGGCCGAGUGCGGUGUCAGUAG